AUGGGGGUCGGAUGCUGGAGGAAUCCCCCGCUGCUACUGGUUGCCCUGGUCCUGGCGGCCAAGCUGGGUUACUUCCAAAGGUGGGAGGGCUUCCAGGAGAUGCCUAUGAGCAAGAAAAACAUGAAUUCAACACUCAACUUCUUCAUUCAAUCCUACAACAAUGCCAGCAAUGACACCUACUUAUUCCGAAUCCAGAAGCUAAUUCGAAGUCAGAUGCAGCUGACCACGGGGGUCGAGUACAUGGUCACCGUGAAGAUUGGCCGGACCAAAUGCAAGAGGAGUGAAACGAAGAAUUCUACCUGCCCCCUGCAAAGCAAGAAGCUGAGGAAGACUCUGAUUUGUGAGUUUUUGAUGUAUACUGUGCCCUGGGUCAACUAUUACCAGCUCUGGAACAAUUCCUGUCUGGAGGGCUGA